UGUUUUGGUGAGUUUUUCCCAAAAAAAUAAAGAAAUGUAGAUUCAAAUAACAUAAAAUCAUGCCAACAUAGUUUAGAUUUAAUAAUUCCAAAAUUAACAAGUGAUACAAAAUGGGGGCUAAAAAAAAGAAGAAGGGAAAGAAGAAGAAGGGUCCCCCGGAGUCAGGAUGGAUGCCCGGCUUCGGCACCAAGGCCACAAUGACGACCUACUUCCAGUACCCCGCCCCCGAGCUGCAGGAGGAGCUCAAGAAGAUCGCCAACGCCAUUGUGGCGCCCGGCAAGGGCAUCCUCGCUGCUGACGAGUCCACCGGCACAAUGGGCAAGCGGCUGCAGGACAUCGGCGUGGAGAACUCGGAGGAGAACCGCCGCCAGUACCGCCAGCUGCUGUUCAGCUCUGACGCUGUGCUGUCGGAGAACAUCUCUGGCGUGAUCCUGUUCCACGAGACGCUGUACCAGAAGGCGGACGACGGCGCGCCGCUGGUGUCGCUGCUGGAGAAGCGCGGCAUCAUCCCCGGCAUCAAGGUGGACACGGGCGUCGUGCCGCUCAUGGGCUCCGAGGACGAGUGCACCACGCAGGGUCUGGACGGCCUGGCGGAGCGGUGCGCGCAGUACAAGAAGGACGGGUGCCACUUCGCCAAGUGGCGCUGCGUUCUGAAGAUCGGGCGCAACACGCCGUCGUACCAGGCCAUCAUGGAGAACGCGAACGUGCUCGCGCGCUACGCCUCUAUCUGCCAGAGCCAGAGGAUUGUACCCAUCGUGGAGCCCGAGGUGCUGCCUGACGGCGAGCACGACCUGGACCGCGCGCAGAAGGUGACGGAGGCGGUGCUGGCGGCCGUGUACAAGGCGCUCAGCGACCACCACGUCUACCUCGAGGGCACGCUGCUCAAGCCCAACAUGGUGACGGCCGGCCAGGGCUGCAAGGUGCCCUACACGCCGGUGGACGUGGCGCGCGCCACGCUCACCGCGCUCCUGCGCACCGUGCCCGCCGCCGUGCCCGGCAUCACCUUCCUAUCCGGCGGUCAGUCUGAAGAGGACGCCUCGGUCCACUUGAACGCUAUCAACGCGGUGGAGGGCAUGAAGCGGCCGUGGGCACUGACGUUCAGCUACGGGCGCGCGCUGCAGGCCAGCGUGCUGCGCGCCUGGGCCGGCAAGAAGGAGAACAUAGGGGCUGCUCAGCAGGAGCUCAUUAAGAGGGCCAAGGCGAACGGCGAGGCGUCCCUCGGCAAAUACGUGGCGGGCUCAGUCAUAGGUGCGGGCGCCGGCGCAGAUCUAUUCGUGUCCAACCACGCCUACUAGACACGCACACAGUAGCACCCUACACCACCAUCCUACAGACACACUGCACAGUCGUGCCGGCUUCUGAGAGCAAACAUACCCGAACGUUGUACAAUGAUACAAUUUUAUAAGCUGUUUGAAAAAUGAAUCUUUGCUUGUUAAAAUUAUAAAAUGGCGGCGAUUUAAAUCGGGCGCGUUAAUUUAAACUAAACUAAACAUCUCAGAAAUCGGUACUUUGACAUGAUCAGUGUUGUAAAGUUUUAUCUAAAAGUAAAUGUUGUUGUUUGAUAAAUAUUACCUAUGACAUUGUUGUCGCUUGCUCGAAUAUUUUGCACAUUUAGAUAAAUAUAUUGGCGAGCUGUAGCUGCAACGUUUGGAUAAGUUUAUAAAGUUUCGCGUAGGUAAAUGAAACUUUACGUGAAAUUUUGAAGAUUAUUUAUCUAGAGUCAUAAAUAUCAUUAUUAAAACAUUUAGAAUGUAUAUUCAUUAUUUAAUAGUUUUAAAAUCUGUAUUUUGGAGUAGACUUAUUUAAUAUUAUUUUAAGUAAAAUUGGAGAUUAACCUUAUCUAAGUAAUUGUUGCCUAUUUCAUGGGAUAGCAUAAUUUUAUAUAUAGAAACGUUAGAUAAUUUUAUAUGAUUUUAUUUGAGUUUUCAUUUUACUUUUUGUAACUAAGCAAAAAAUAUAUUACAUGUACAAUAUAAAGUGGUAUUAGUAAAAUG